AAACCGGUUUAAGCCUUGCACCCGUCGUGUAAACGUAGUCAAUUGCGUGAAAAUGUAUUGUUACAUCACGCACUGCGUGCACAAUCUACGGUAGUGAAAACAGAAGUCAUGUGCUAACAUUUGUGGACAUACAUCAACGCAAGUCGUGCAUUUGGAAAGCACCCUACGAAAAGGCUCUCGACGCUCUCGACAAAGUUAUUACAAGAAAUGUAUGGUGCUGUAAAUUCUAUGUUAAAGAUAGUAUAUGGUCUUAUUCUCCGUGAACGUAACCAAACUGCUCGUAGUAUUCAUCUGUGUUCAUCGUUUGACGUUUUGAGGUGAAGGGUGUCGUCGAUUGUGUCCAAAUUGAACACAGUUCUACAAAAGAUUUCCAUUUGAACCAACAAAAUGAAUAGGCUUUUUGGUCGCGCUAAACCUAAGGAGCCACCACCAAGCAUAACCGAUUGUAUUAGUGGGGUGGACAGCAGGGCUGAUUCUGCAGAAAAGAAAAUAGCAAGGUUGGAUGCUGAGCUCAAGAAGUAUAAAGAUCAAAUGGUAAAAAUGCGUGAGGGGCCUGCCAAGAAUGCAGUUAAAGCUAAGGCUAUGCGUGUUCUUAAACAGCGCAAAAUGUAUGAAGCACAAGUUGACAAUUUGAGACAGCAAGCAUUUAAUAUGGAACAGGCAAACUAUGCUACGCAAACUCUCAAGGAUACCCAAGCUACAGUGGUUGCUAUGAAAGAUGGUGUAAAACAAAUGCAGAAAGAAUUUAAGAAUAUUAACAUUGAUCACAUUGAGGAUUUGCAAGAUGAUCUUGCAGAUAUGUUGGAGCAGGCGGAUGAAGUGCAAGAGGCAAUGGGACGCAGUUAUGGAAUGCCAGAAAUUGAUGAUGAUGAACUUGCAGCGGAACUUGAUGCUCUUGGUGAUGAUCUUGCCCUGGAUGAUGAUACAUCUUACCUUGAUGAUGCUAUUAAAGCACCAAGUGCUCCAGACAAGGAACCUGGUGCAGCUUCUGUUCGGAAUAAGGAUGGAGUUUUGGUGGAUGAAUUUGGCCUGCCACAAAUACCAGCUAGCUAAGUUCUUUCAAUGUGUUAAUGUUAUCCUUUUAAAUCCAAUAUCAGCUAAAAAUUCUUGCAGACACGCCCAAUCACGCCUGACCUAUCUAGGGUUUAGAUUGCAAAACUUUCUAAAGAACACUUUUCAGCAAAGUGUAAGAACAAAAUCAAUUUUCGUAUCAAGUCUAUUGUUAUGGAUAUAUUGAUUGAAUGAGAUAAAAAGAUGCUUUCUGAUGUGGUUAAUAUAAUAUACUUUUUUUUGUUUAUAUAUAUAUAUUAUUUUUAUUGACA